CCUGGGCUGGGGCGCGCAGCUGGAAAUAGGGCGGGCUGAGCGCGCAGAGCCGGGGAGCAGCUGGCUGGGGGCGCCUGCUGCCUUCCAUAAAGUGAAUGGCCACAGUGAAUGGGAAUCAGUCGACAGGAAUCCUCCUCCUCCUCGCCUCUCUCCAUGAGUCACAGGCUAACAGAGCGCAGAGUGCCCAGCAGCAAGCCAGGGGGACUUACCAUCUGACAGGCGCGGAGGAGCCCGGGCGCUGGGGCGGGGGCAAAUUGCCCUCCUUUGCCCAGGAUUAAGGCCACACGACAGCACCAGCAUCUGGAACCGCUAUCUCUCCUCCUCCCCCACCACCGACUCCUGCCAGAUGGAUUUCAACCUGCUGACAGACUCAGAAGCUCGCAGCCCUGCUCUGUCCCUCUCGGAUUCUGGGACCCCUCAACACGAACACAGCUGCAAGGGGCAGGACCAUAGUGACACAGAGAAGUCCCAGCAGAACCAGACUGAUGACUCCAACCCCGAGGAUGGCUCUCUGAAGAAGAAGCAACGGAGGCAGCGGACUCACUUUACCAGCCAGCAGCUCCAGGAACUGGAAGCCACCUUCCAGAGGAACCGCUACCCAGACAUGAGCACCAGGGAGGAGAUAGCAGUCUGGACCAACCUGACGGAGGCACGAGUCCGGGUAUGGUUUAAGAACCGCAGAGCCAAGUGGAGGAAACGAGAAAGGAACCAGCAGGCAGAGCUUUGUAAGAACAGUUUUGGAGCUCAGUUCAAUGGACUGAUGCAGCCUUAUGAUGACAUGUAUUCCAGCUAUUCGUAUAACAACUGGGCUACCAAAGGGCUUGCUACCAGCCCCCUGUCAGCCAAGAGCUUCCCCUUCUUCAACUCCAUGAAUGUCAGCCCCCUCUCCUCCCAGCCCAUGUUCUCCCCUCCCAGUUCCAUUGCUUCCAUGACCAUGCCUUCCUCCAUGGUCCCCUCAGCAGUGACUGGCGUGCCAGGAUCCAGCCUCAACAACCUGGGAAACAUCAACAACCUCAACAGCCCAAGCCUCAACUCUGCCGUUUCAUCCAGUGCCUGCCCUUAUGCCUCCACUGCCAGCCCCUACAUGUACAGGGACACGUGCAACUCUAGCCUGGCCAGCUUGAGGCUGAAGGCCAAGCAGCACGCCAACUUUACCUACCCGGCGGUUCAGACGGCAGCUUCCAACCUGAGCCCCUGCCAAUAUGCUGUAGACAGGCCUGUAUGAAGGGCCACCUUCCACCAACCAGGGACUCGACCUUAGCCUGACGAAAGGAGACCUUUAGCCCUACAACAGCGUACGCCCUGCAGGAGAGAGAAAGACAGAUGGACCUUUGUGAAGACUUGUCUAACUAUCGUAUGGUGAAUUUUGACUGUCUUUUUUUUUUUUUUUUUUUUGGUAAAGCAACCGAAACUGCUCAUUGGAAGACCCACUGGGAAACAGGAACCUGUGACAUUCAGUUUGACUGGCUCCUGGGCAGCAGAAUUGAGCAUAUGUCAAUCUGUCCCUUCCCCCCUCCCCUUGGUGUGAUAGCUGUCCUUGCUCCUCCCUGGCACAAAAGCCCUGUUUAAAGCAUAGGCAGCCAGGUGGCACAGCUGUAGAAAGCUGCCAGGGACCCAGGCAAAGUGGCGCAGCUUCUCAAUGCUUGGCUGAGAACACAGAUACACCCACAGGUGUGAGCGGUCAGAUUUCAUUUUGAGGCAUCUCACUCAUUUAUUUAUCAUAUGGCCAGUCUCACCAGCCACCAGUCAGGAAAGUACUGUUUCAGCCAGCAAUACAUUUUUAUACUGAAGAUAUAUGCAUGGCCAGGUAAUUGAACCCCCUAGGGAUCAGGAGUUGUACGGAUGUAGGAUGUGUGUGUGUGUGUGUGUUAAUAACACACACAUAUACACACACAAAUAAAUAUAUAUAUAACACACCUUUUUGUUUUGUACAUGGGAUAAUCCAUGAAGUAGACCUUACAGAUGAAAAGCCAAGCAUGUCCACCACGGUGGAGCAUUCAGCCUGUCCGCUUUACUGCUUAAGUAAUUUCCACUCGGGUAGGAAUUCCUUUGCCAAUGUACAUCCAAAGAAUCCCUUUUUUUUCCCUUUUGCAACAAAUUACCCUCUUUUGUGCACCCGGCUCUCCGCCCCCAAAUUCCAUUUUCAACAAUAAAAUGAAAGUUGGAGCAGUCCUGUUGGAGGUUUCCAUCUGUCUGGUUAUUGCACGCACAAGAUGAGAACGUGGGGAAAAGAAAGACUAGCAACUGUAUCUAAAGGGUCCAAAUCAAACCCACAUUGUGAAAGAGGAGAGUCUGCAAGGGGGCUACUGUUUAUGAGACGCCAGUUCUUGGUGAGGGCCCAGUAACAGAAGGGGAAGAGUCAUCUAAGCAAAGUCAAGGGAUGGGGGCCCCCACAUGUGACUGAGCCAUCCUCCUCCUACAUGUUUGCAAUUCAAAUGCUCUGGAAUGCUUUCGAGAACACAGUGCCAGUGGCCUAGCUCCCAGGAGCCCUUGCAGAACUGUCCAUUUCCAUGGUUCUCUCCUCACUCACCCUGGGAGGGGGCAUUAAGGAGAAACUACACCAAGCCUUCCCCUAUGAACUAAUGGAAGCCCCUUCCUGGGGGUCCCUGCAGGGUUUCAGGUCCAUGGUGCUAUAGACUGGGUGGACUGGUAGGGAACCAGACCUGGGCUCUUCUGGAUUCCCCCUCCUCCACCCACACCCAAUUCUUAAUAGAGGCAGAGCCUUCAUGAACUUACAUUGCCUUGCCCGGCUACUCUGGGGGAUGUGCCCUUUGAGGACAGCUGCCAUAGCGGGAGCAGCUAGAGGCGUGGCACCUAUGCACUGUGCUGUGCAGAGUCUAGGAGGAGCUGGUGAGGCCUGGCACCACAGCAGAAGCAGGUUGGUUGUACAGAUCACUCUUGCUUCCACUGGGUCAUAAGGAAUCUGCACAUGUGCCUUUCCCAAUGGAUAAGCAUGAAGCUGUUUAAAAAUUGACAAAUGAGGUGCCCCCUGCCCUUUGAUGCUGUCGUCU